AUGCUGGGGUUGGACUCUAAGUUAGCCGGAGAAGCGUUUCAACCCGAAUUCGUCGAACCCAUCGGUAAUCUGAGUGUGCCUAUUGGACGCGACGCAACUUUUCGAUGUUUAGUUCAAAAUUUAGGGGGCUACAGGGUGGGUUGGGUAAAAGCGGAUACGAAGGCGAUACAAGCGAUUCACGUUCACGUUAUCACCAACAACCACAGAGUGGGAGUGUCCCACGACGGGCAGACCGUAUGGAAUUUGCACAUUAGAAAUGUCCAAGAGGACGACCGCGGACAAUAUAUGUGCCAGAUUAAUACCGACCCCAUGAAAAGCCAGGUGAAUAUACCACGUCAGAUUUCACCUUUAGACUUUACCGAGUUGGCUCCAGCAGGCCAAGCGUUUAUUUUCAUUGAAAUGAAUAAACACAUAUUCAUGGAAAUAACACACAUUUUAUAA